AUGCAGGGAUUCACUUCAGCGGCCAUACAGAGUAUUACCAAGAGCGUGGAACGUGUGGUCAUGAUGCUUGCAACAAAAACCUUAAGAGUCGCUUUAGUGACCACGCAUUUACCGCUGCGUGACGUUGCAGAUGCCAUUACCAAACAGCGUCUCCAUCAGGUGAUUGAUAUUCUUAUUCAUGAUUUAAAAACAAAAUUUAAAAUUAAUCAUCCGCGUAUUUUGGUGUGUGGCUUAAACCCGCAUGCUGGAGAGGGUGGCUACUUAGGUCAUGAAGAAAUUGAUACGAUUAAUCCUGUACUUGAAAGUUAUCGCGCGCAAGGUAUCGACAUGAGUUUAAGUAUGCCCGCUGAUACUUUAUUUACUGUGGACCAUUUAAAAGAUACUGAUGCUGUUUUGGCGAUGUAUCACGAUCAGGGUUUACCUGUGUUAAAAUCGCAGGGAUUUGGCGAAGCCAUUAAUAUUACUUUAGGUUUACCUUUUAUUCGUACUUCAGUUGAUCAUGGUACUGCGCUCUCCCUUGCAGGUACAGGGCUUGCAAAAAGUUCAAGUUUGCAUGUCGCUGUCGAUUUAGCGCUUGAUCUGGCUCGCUCGAAUUAA